CAAGCCUCAAACACCUCGCCAAGGCUGUACCCCAGCGACGAGAGUUUUUUGGGCAGUAAAAGUAAUCUAUAGUUGUACUCAGUUAUUUCACAUUUGCGUUUCUAUUUCACCGAAAAACAAAUACAUACAUCGCAUUCACUCCAUUUUGCGUCCCGUAACAGGUACAAGAAACCUCCCAAAAGCCUGUAUAAUUUCCACCGCCCAGCAUGUCGCGCCGCCGCGGUCGUGGGUUCGUCCGUGAGGACCUCGAGGUUCUCGGGUUUUUACGCGACCGCAAAGAGGCGAUCAAGAAUGGCAUCCGGUCCGAGGAGCAGUUUGAGUUAUUUUCGAUCGACGAGGACGGCAAGAGAUUUCGCAUCUUGGUCCCGGAAGCACGGUCCUACAUCCGCAGAUUGGAACGGGAGCGGGAAGAAAAACUCCGCGCGCUCGGCGCGGCGGAGGACCUGGAGCAGGAGAAACAGCUGGUUCGCGCCAUUGAGUAUUUCGACAUGCAGUGGCGACGGGACUUGCUCUUAGGCUACAAAGACGUGCACAACGGGCGGGACGAGGCUUUGCGCCGGGUCGCCGGCUGGAGCCAUCGCGGGCAGUGGAAGGGCGUCGCGGCGGUUGUCGCUCUGCGCCAAGCGGCCGGCGGUUUCAUGACGAGACGGACGGAGCGGCAAGACGACGAUGAAGCCGCCGAUAUGGAGGACAGAACCCAUCUUUCCGCGGUGACAGUGAAAGAACUGAACUUGAUUGUGAAUUUCGAAUUUCUCAGCAAGGCCGGCGGAAACGCGUUCGACUCCGAACACAAUCGGGCACUGGCGGCGAGCAGUUUGAUGGACAGCUACUAUUCCAUCGGGGGGAACAAAGACUCGCUGGGCUUGCCGGAAGGCGUGUCUUUGUCCGAACUCCAAGAGCGGGCUUUGAACGCAGGGGUCGCGCCGGUCACUUCCUCUGUGGAGUUGUUCGGCAAGAGCAAAGUUACGGGCUCGAAUCUUUCCGAGUGGGCGACCCUGAGCCGAGCGAUGAAAAAGCCGGAAGAGGUAGAGGAGUCGUCCUCAGGCAGCGAGUCCGAGUCCGGCGCGAGCAGUGGAACGCCGAAAAAGUCCAAGCGGAUAUCGUUCGCGGAUGUUGAAAACCACCAGCGCGCCGAGACGCUGGAAGACCAGAUCGAGCGGGAGCUUCGCGCAUCACAAGCAGAGUUCGGGCAUUUGACGGACCAGCCGGCGGAUGCGGAAGGCAACAUAGACGCAGCGAAUACAGGAGCAACUACCGGGGAAAAAGGACCGGGCAAGGAGAAAGAUCCAAACAAGAAGAAAAAAUCCAAGAAGGACAAGGACAAUAAACAGGCGGAGAACCCGCAGGACGGGGGUGAGGAGCAACCGAAGAUGAAAGAACUGCCCGAUCCGACCCUGAUGGAGCCGCCACUGGACCGCGCGGACUACGUGUGUGGAAUUUUCGAGGAUCCGCUCGGGGUCCUUACUCAGGAGAAAAUCACGCGAUGGCAGCGGGUCAGCUUGGCCGCGGGGCAACAAUCGAGCUUCCUGAAGUACCAGGAUUUGUGGUCACGACUGCAAUCCCUUUUCAACUCCUUUCAGCUCAACCUCGUUGCGGAUUUUUUCAUUUGCAACUACAUCUCGCAACUGGACCAACUUCAACGCCACGGCGCGACGGAAGACGCGGAAAAAUUAAGUUACGCGUGGAUGGACUUGUCGACGCUGAGCAGCUGGAUACCACUUUACCUCCGUAUGCUCUACCCGAAAGCGGACCUCCUUUCCCCGUUGCAGUGCUUCAAAACGGACAUGUUCCAGGACGUGCUGCGAAUCGUGUUCAGCGAAACCCCCUCCGCAGUCCGGUCCUGCAUCCGCAGGGUUCCGUACGAAGUCGCUUGCGUCGUCCUCGAGGUCUCCCGGCUCUACUGGCUGCAGUACGCGGAAAACUGCGGCUUCGACGCGGCGGAAACAGGCGAAUUAUCCGAAAUCUUCAACAGUUUCGACAUGGACGAGAUGGAGUCCGGCGGGUUGAGGGCGGAGAGGAUUUUCGAUGUCUUGGAAAAAGCAGGUUUUGUCCUUCUACCCGAAGAGCGGGCGCUCCUCGCGAUGCUCUACCGGCAGUGCGAUCAGGACGCGAAUGGGUUUAUUGACUUCAAGGAAUUGCUCUACAUUUUGAGAAGGUUCCAAGACAAGCGGUUAACCACGCAGAUGGUCCAGUGCAACACGCACGUGAAACACUUACCUCCGGUCUUCGUCGAGGAGUGGCAAUACUUAUUGGAGAUGGACGCGGAACCAAAAGCGACCGACCACGAUAUCGUCCAGAUGUACAACUUGUUCGAUUUACGCACGAUCUGCUCCUCCUUCGAUUUCGAAAACCUGCGGAAGGUGGUCCAGCGGCUGGAAUUAAGUCGGUUGGAACUGCAACUCCCGUCGGACUUUGAUCGGGAACAAGCGUGCCGGUUGAUGGCAAGGGUGUACGACGAGCACGACGAUUUACUGUUAGAAUGGGCGAAGUACUUGGCUUCGAAACCGCCACCGGUGAUUGAGAAGGGCUUGGAGGAUGUGCCGAUUCCGCAGGAAAUCAGACCGACAACUAUGAAAGAGCACGUGGAUAUGUGGUAUACUUUCUCUUUCGCGUAGUUGAUCUGUUGUGGUGUCUCUUUGUUUUUUGAAGCUGGUCGUGUAAAAGAAUAUACUACGCCAAACGGACUAAUUAUAUUAUUAUACGAAAACGUCGUGAAAUAACACAACCUCAGGUCCGACAGGCACAUCAUGAUGGACGAAACUAAGUUCCGAAAGUACCUGGCGAGCUCCGCCUGGGUCCACGACGCGCGUAAGAUCAUCGGUGCGAUGAUGAAGAGUAUCCGCAAGAGAAACUGGCUCGCCGCAAGGAUGAAGGGCAAGGAAAUCCAGCGCACCAUGGAAAGGGAGGCCCGGGAGAGCGAAAAGGCGAACUAUACCAAAAAGGGCACGGCGUUGAUGAAGAAGGCCAGCAUGGCGGCAAAGAUGAUGGGCAAGAUGAAGAAAAAGUAGGAAACUCACGAAGAACCCCUUCAGUCGCUGUUGUACCUCCGUCUUCAGCCGAGUCCGCGCAAAGCUGUUUUCAUUCUCUUCAUCAGCACGCAUUCACAAUUUCAUUUGUACCUACCCGUGAUUUUUAUUCUAUAAUUUCUUGUUCUCUUGCACUAGGUAUCCCCUUUCAUGGUUACUCACAAACGCGAUUGACUUUUGAUGACGCCGAUCAACUUUUAUCGUGGCUUUGAGUUGAAUACCGCCAACAAGGAUGUGCGCAUGCGGCUUAUGCCAUCCUUGUUUCUGGUUACCCUUUCAUGCAAUUUUCGUGUUUCGCCAGUAUUCAGUCCCACUCGGUUGACCUUGAUGCCAA